AUGGCCACCCCACCCGCCAACCCUACCACUCCUUCAACAGAAGCAACCCCCGAACUCCCCGGCAAAGGCUACGUGAUCAACGGUUUUCCCGCCCCGGGCCUCCGCAAAACCAUCCGGCACAUCACGGGCUACAACGAGGCGGGCCAGAGCGUGUUCCUCUCGACCGAGUGCGGCGACCACCACCGCGACAUGGCGCGAGGGCCGCACCGUCGCGAAUAUCCUGCUGCCAAGGAGGCCGAGCCCCCCAUCCACAUCCCCAAUGGAACCGUUGUCCGAAUGAUUGAUUUCGGCCCCAACGUCCAAUCCCCGCUGCACCGGGUGAUAAGUGUCGACUACGGUGUGGUCCUGGAGGGCGAAUUCAAGCUGAUUCUCGACUCCGGCGAGGAGCAGAUCAUGCGGCAGGGGGAUUUCUGCGUGCAGCGCGCGAGCGCGCACAAGUGGCAUAACAUCACGGGCGGUGGGACGCUGCCUGGCCGCAUGCUGUGGAUUCUGGUGGAUUGUGGUGAUGUGGAAAUUGGUGGUGAGAAGAUGAUGGGGUAUCUGGGGACCUUGGCCAAGGAGUAUGUUGGGGUUGAGGGGAUGGAGGAGGAUGUUAAUGCUGCUCUUGAGGGCAAGUGA